UUGACAACCACAGUCGCAAGUCGCAACUCACACUAACCUACCCUAUUCACACUCACUGAGAAAACUCACUCAGGCGAAAUCAAUGGCGGCGGCCUAUUCUUGCCACCUCUCCUCCGUCUCCUCACCGGACAUAGUUUCUCUCUCUUCAUCCUCGUCUAUUUCACGCGCCGCUCUAAACCUCCGUGGAUUCUCCACCGUGUCUCUGGCCGCACCUGCAAUCCGUCGACGAAUCUCGUGCCAAACUGUCUCUUCCGCGCCGCCCUCGUCUCCUGCUAAUCUUAAAGCACAAGCAGGUCUGAAGGAUUUUCUUAACAUCCGUGAUUUUGACAAGGACACGAUUUUAAAGAUCUUAGAUCGAGCAAAAGAUGUCAAAGCAUUAAUUAAAUCGGGAGAGAGAACAUAUCUCCCAUUUAAAGGGAAAACUAUGGCAAUGAUAUUUGCCAAGCCAUCUAUGAGGACAAGAGUUUCAUUUGAGACUGGAUUUCAUUUGCUCGGAGGGCAUGCCCUAUACCUAGGACCCGAUGAUAUCCAGAUGGGUAAGCGGGAGGAAACUCGUGACGUUGCUCGUGUUCUUUCUGGCUAUAAUGAUAUCAUUAUGGCACGGGUUUUUGCUCAUCAGGACAUUCUCGAUCUUGCUAAGUAUGCAUCUGUUCCCGUGAUCAACGGCUUGACAGACUUCAACCAUCCCUGUCAGAUUAUGGCCGACGCUCUGACAAUCAUUGAACACGUUGGUCAACUGGAGGGGACAAAGGUUGUGUACGUUGGAGAUGGUAACAAUAUUGUGCAUUCGUGGCUGAUGUUGGCAUCCGUCAUUCCUUUCCACUUCGUUUGCGCGUGCCCUAGAGGUUUUGAACCGGACGCAAGGACAGCUAAGAAUGCAAUUAAGGCUGGAGUGAGCAAAAUAGAAAUAACUAUUGAUCCAAAAGAAGCCGUAAAAGGAGCCGACGUUGUCUAUUCAGAUGUUUGGGCUAGCAUGGGGCAGAAAGAAGAAGCUGAGUACCGCCGUAAAGUUUUUCAAGGAUUCCAGGUGGACGAGGAGCUGAUGAAAUUGGCGGGUCCCAAAGCGUACUUUAUGCAUUGUUUGCCUGCCGAGAGAGGUGUGGAGGUUACUGAUGGCGUUAUAGAAGCCCCGAAUUCCAUUGUCUUCCCCCAAGCUGAAAACCGAAUGCACGCCCAAAAUGCUAUCAUGCUUCACGCCCUUGGAUUGUGAUGGCUGUGUGUUUGCUCGUCUAUGUUUCGAAACUUUUGUUUUUAAUUUGGACCUCGAUUUUCUCUUUUUUUUUUCUACUUGAUGAGCUUAGUAGUGGCACUGCAUCUAUUACAUGCUUUCACUUUCUAUGAGUUUUCAGAUUAUAUAUUCGGUAUUCGAAUAAAUAUCGAUCCGAUGUAGUGUACGAUAUAUCGUGUUGCUAUCUGUUUCGUUUAUCUGCAUUAUUUUGAUUGUUU